AUGCUUCAGACCCGCGAGCGUUGGAGGAACCCUCCUGCCGAACCAGUAGCUUCGUGGACGGCGAGUAACCCGCUUGCCGUGAUCGAUGGAACGACGGGAAAGCUGGUGAAGAUCGGCAUUUAUCAGAUUUACCAGAAAUUCCAUCGCGAUUUGCCCGCGACGAAGCAGUACGUGUACGGAAAGGACGAGAAAACCGCCGCCUACCCCGGCCCGGUCAUCGUCGCCCAGCGUGGCGUGGAAACCAAGGUGUAUUUCGAGAAUCACCUGCUGGACAAGCAGCACAUGUUCACUGUUGACUACACUCUCAUGCCCGGCAUUCCCAAGCCGAAGCUCGGCGGCAUUCCCGUUGUGAUUCACCGUCACGGCGGUGAGCAGCAAAGUGACAGCGACGGCCACCCUCAAGCGUGGUUCACGCAGUUCGGCGAAACGGGUCCCACGUUCAAGUCCCGUCUCUACACAUACGCCAACAAGCAAAACCCCGCUGCGAUUUGGUACCACGACCAUACUCUCGGCUGGACGCGCCUUAACACCGUCGCCGGAAUCGGCGGGCUCUAUGUGAUUAAGGACCCCAAGGGGUACGAGCGCAAGAUGGGGUGGUUGCCGAGCGGCGCGCGCGAGGUGGCUCUGGCGAUUGCGGAUCGCAUGUUCUUCGCGAACGGGUCGAUCAACUAUCCGAAUGUAGGGAACGUGCCGCGCGUGCACCCGAACUGGAACCCCGAGUAUCUCGGCGACACGAUCGUCGUAAACGGCAAGGUGUGGCCGUACAUGCGAGUGCGCCCCGCAAUGUACCGCAUGCGCCUGCUCAACGCCGCCAAUGCGCGCGUGUUCAACCUCAAGUGGGUGUGCGCCGCGCGCGUCGAUUAUCCCAACUUCGUUCCGCCCAUCCAUGGCCCCGCGAUGUCCGUCAUCCAGAUCGGCACUGACGGCGGGUAUCUCGUUCGCCCUGUGCGCCGCACCGAGGUGCUUCUGGCCCCCGGCGAGCGCGUCGAUCUCCUCGUCGACUUCUCCCUUGUCCCGUCGGACUGCAAGGACGUGAUUAUAACGAACGACGCGCGCGCGCCCUACCCCGCGGGCCAGCCCGUGACGGCGGAAACGGGCGUGGUGAUGCGCAUCAACAUUUUGAAUAAGAAGCGCAUCCCGUCCCCCACAAUUCCCAAGAAGAUCAGCUGGAUGCCCAAGGUGCCUCCGAUCAACAAGGAGCGGUACGCCACGCUCGUCGAAAUCAUGCAGCGCGGGACGAACCUGCCCAUCCGCGUUACAAUCGACGGCAAGUCGUACAUGGACCCCGUUACCGAGACUCCCAAGCAGGGUGACACCGAGGCAUGGUAUCUUAUUAAUCUGUCAGCCGAUGCCCAUCCGAUGCACCUUCAUCUCGUCCAGCACCGCCCUGCCUGGCGCCGCCCAUUUGAUGUAGCUGGUUACCAGUCCGGCCGUUGCUCGUUCACGGACAAAACCAAGCCGAGCUGUUACACUGGUAACCGGCAGCUGGUUGGCUACCACGAGAGGGGUUGGAAGGAUACCACCCUCGCAUUACCCGGGCACGUUCUCAAGAUUAUUAUGACAUUCAAGCGCCAGGACAUGAUGCCGUAUGAGUUCGAUGCCAGCACUGGCCCCGGCUAUGUGUGGCAUUGCCACAUUCUUGACCAUGAAGACAACGAUAUGAUGCGACCCCUGGUCAUCACGAAGUAG